AUGGGUUGCUCUAGGUCAUCGUUGGCGCAGCUAACGGUUAAUGGCGACGCAGCGGCGCAACGUCCCUAUCACUUGAACCAGCGCAUCAUGAACAUCCAGCUCGACAAGCUCGAGUACCGCUUCCAGUGGACAGAAUUCGCUGGUAAAGACGACUUUUGA